UUAUAAUCUAAUGUAUUUUAAAUUAUCCAAAGUCUAUUAUUUUCAUUUCAAAUUUUUUGGAUACUUUUAAUAUGUUAAUUUUGAAUCCUAAAAUAUUUUUAAGUGGAUUCUUCUAUUUGGAAUUUCAAUAAUAUUUUUUCAUCGCUUACCAGAGAAUUUGUAUUUUAACACAGGAUUAUUUUUUUAAAAAUUUAAAUUAUGUUUGAUAUUUGUAAUAUAAAUAGUUAAUUCCAUUUUAACACCCGGAGUCUAAUUUACAGUUUCACAAAUUUUAAAAAUUUAUGAAUUUUACCAUGGAAUAUCAUGGAGUUGAAAGACCAAAGAAGCCAUUAUUUAAGAGAGCAAGUUAUCACCUAUUUAGCCUGUCAAAGCGGUUAAAAAACAGGAAUUCUUUUAACAUUCCGUUUCUCGAUGAUAACUUCGGGCCUCUCAAGUCGAAAUAUGACAGCUAUGGCUUCGCAUUAGAUGAUAAUCAGUUUGCUUCAGGAAUUGAAGCAUAUGAAAAGGAAUUUGAAGUGAAAAAGGAGCGCCGCCUCAAAAGAUGGGAAAGUAUACCAUUAAAUGACGGAUUUUAUGACGUAACAUCAGAUGAAUUUAAAAUUCUUGUUAGAAAGGGAAUACCAGAUCAUUUAAGAUCGCUAUUGUGGAGGAAAAUGCUGGGAGCAGACACCCUGGAAAGCUCUAACCCAGGACUAUAUCAAAAGAUGGUCGAUUCGCCACUCUCAAAGGACAUAUCAGACCAGAUAGAUAUGGACAUUAACAGAACGUUUCCUCACCACAGAGACUACAAGGUUAACUCGUUUGGAACAAUGAUGUUGAGAAAUGUUCUGUGUGCAUUUGCUAACUACAUGCCAUCAAUAAGUUAUUGCCAGAGCUUAAACUACUUAACCGCAACAUUGCUGAUAUUUAUGAAUGAAGAGGAGGCUUUUUGGUCACUAGUACAAAUUGUAAACAGUCGCAUACACGAAAAAGGAUUUGACCUUACAGGAUAUUAUAAGGACGGAAUGUUAGAUUUGAAAAGAGAUGUGAUGGUGUUGGACUUUAUACUAAGAAAGAGAAUGCGAAAGCUACAUAAUCACUUAAGGAGGAAUAAUAUUGAUUUGAUGUGGAUUUGUGCAGAAUGGUUUUUAUGUCUAUUUGCAAUAUCGUUGCCGACCAAUACAGUGUUCAGAGUCUGGGAUUCACUCUUUCUAGAAGGUGACAAGGUGUUGUUCAGGGUGGCAUUUUCACUUUUUAAGCUAAACGAGCAAAAGAUACUAUCUCUGGAUUCAGACCGUGACCUGCUACUUUACUGCAAGAAAAUGAGUAAAAGCGUUUUACAGCACGACGAGUUUUUAAAGAUUGCAUUCUACCAACUGUCCUCCUUUAGCAGAAAGGAGAUACACCAGUAUAGGCUAAUAGCUGAUCACCAACUAGAGUCCGUAUCACCUGUUGAAUAAUAUAUUAUUUGAAAUACA